CAAUGAACUGGGAGGGUACAGACGCUGCUUCCCAGGAGCCGGAGAGACCGUUUCGAGGAGAGUAGCUGCGGUUCCUAGGCAGGUAGGAGGAGAGGUUCCGACUGCCCGCUCCUGUCCAGGUGCUUGGACCAGGCCGGAGCCGGUGGUUCUACCGCCCUGGAGUCCGAGGACCACGUGCUGACGCUGAUCCCGCCUGGGCUCCGGCGGUCGCCUGGCCCGUCGGGAAUGGUCCGCCUUCACUUAAAAACCGUGCAAAGCAUCCUAUCGUUCUGUGGCUCGAUUUCCGGAUCUGCCUCUUAGGUCUGGGGUCUCAGAAGCAGCGGCAGCAGUAAGCUAGAGGUGUACAGCCCCUCCCACCCCGAGUGCUUGUCGGGGAAUAGUAUAGAAGCAAGAGGUGUGUGUAAGGCACAUCUGACACUGGGAAACGUUUAGCCGUCUGUGGUGACCAUUUCAACCCUAAGUACACCGAGGGCUUUUCCAUUACCUCACCCCGCACUCUCUCACUCCUUGCUGUGCUUCACAUAAACCGAAAAACUGAACAAGCCUAUCUGUUUGGUAGAAGGCAAAACUGGAUCCCUGCUUACAGUUAAAGCCUGGGUGUAUCUUUAAACAGUAAAAAAUGAAAUCAUGCGUUAUAUGUGAAAAGGAGUCCAUUUUUUGGUGUGCAGUCAUAAUGGAAACUGCUUUUUUCCUUUUAAAAAUAUUUAUGUUUGAGUAGAUAACACAUACAAACGAUAAAUUCGAAUGAUAAAAAGAAUGAACAGUGAAACCUUCCUUCCACGCUAUCCCUCCUGACCUUUCAGAGGCAUUCUAUGCGUAUAUAAAUAUAUAGUUGGGACGUUAUAAAUACUGUGCUUUGUUUUUUCACUCAACAUUGUGUAUUUCGGAGAUCAUUUUCUGUCAGUAUUCACAGAUCUGCCUCAUUUUGUGUGUGUGUGUGUGUAUAUAUGCAUGCAUUUAGGUUUCGUUGUGAGGUGUUUCUAAGCAUAUCAUGAAAUUGAGGAAAUUUCACAAGCAAAAAGCGAUACAUUUCACUACCUAAAAAUAUAAAACUUUACAGCAAAAGAUAACAUAGGCUAAAAAACAUGAUGGGAAAUAUACUUGCACACACAGCAAAGAGGUAAUUAUUGACUUUUAUAAAACAAGAUAAGAAUGUAAGGAAACAAGCAUGGAGUUUUCUUGGGGUUAUAACAUGGUUCUGCCUUUCUGGAAGGCACUGAUGGGAUUUAAUUAAAAACGUUCGUGCCCUUUGACUCAUUGCUUCUAAUUCUGGGAAUUUAUACUACAGUAUACUUACACAUAUAUAAAAAGAUAUAUGUGCAACGUGUUUGUUGCAAGGUUAUUUUUAUUACCAAGAGAUUGGAUAUACCUUAAAUGUCUGUCAAUAAGGCAACAGUUGAGUAUAAUGUGGUUUAGCCCUGCAAUAAAAUUACUAUGAAGUUUUUGAAAAGAAUGAGGCAGAAUCACAUGUUUUGUGUAGAAAUAUGUUAAAUGUAUAUUAAAUAAAAAAGCAAGUUUACAAUAGUAUCACAUGUCCAAAAUAGAAUUCUCAUUUAAUCUCACUUCUAUCCCAGCUUGCUUUGCUUGACAUUAUCAGUUGCUCAGGCCAAAAAUAUUGGAGGUAACCUUGAUUCCUCUCUUUAUAUCACAGCCCACGUCCAGUUCAUCAACAAAUCCUUUUCGCUCUACCUUGAAGAUGUGUGCAGAAUCCAACCACUUCUCACCGUCUCCUCCACUCUUACCCUUAUCCAUUUCACGUGUGUGUUACUGCAGUAGUUUUUUAAUAGCCUCGUGGUAUAUAGCAAAUGUGUUUAUUUUUCUCAAUUCAGGAAAAUGUCUGAUCAGGAGGAAGAGGCUGAUGCUCAGAAUAUAACUGACGCAUCAGAAGAAAGCGAUGAUGAUGCUUUUGAGACUGUCAGUGUUCCGGGUCCCUUAGAGGAGCUUCCAGAGUCAGAGCACACUGAAAAGCUGCAUAACUCGGAAGUAGAACCAUCCAGCGGGGGCCAUGAAACACGUGUUGGGUCGCAGAGUGAGCAGCGUGAGCAGAGCUAUAUAAGCCCAGAAGAAGACGAGGAAGAACCCCUCAUGGGAGAGGUUGUGUCAUCCAUCCGAGUGUCAUAUACUUCAACAAAUUAUGACAAGCACUAUUUAACCAACUCAGAUAAUGUAGUGCCGCCAUCCAAACUGAAUCUGGAUAAUAACCUGGAAUUUCUGGAUACAAUAAAGACUGUAAAGGAGUCUUUGCACUCAUGGAGGCAAGAGUUUUCAGCAACAGUAAGAGUUGUACUUCUUCCUGUGGCCCAGGAAAUUAUAAUGCCUUUUAGAGUUGAUGCCAUGUUUAAACACCUCAAGGAUUAUUUUUCAGACUUGUUAAAUGUUCCAUCUGAGGUACUGCAGAUAACUUGUUCAGGAAUAAUUCUUAAAAAUAAUGAGACUCUACUACAACAUGAAGUUAAGCCACAGGAAAUCGUACAAGUGGAAAUCUCUUCUAAAAAUCCAGAUCUCUAUCAAAUCAGAAGAAUACCUGGACUAAAUAAUGGCUCUGAAAUCAUAGCUGUCAGAGUAGAAACUGGUAUUGAUCAGUACCAGAAUGUAGCUGUUGAGAUUGUAAAAUCUGACUUUCACAAACCAUUUCUUGGUGGAUUCAGACAUAAGAUAACAGGAAUAGAAUAUCAUAAUGCUGGAACACAAACUGUACCUAAAAAGAUUCUUGAAAAAGCUGGCAUAUUUUCUAGGGAUACCCAGACAGUUUAUGAGAGAAGAAAGCUCCAGCAAACUACAAAUACAACAUCCACACAGAUGACUAAAAUUGGUGUGUAUGUAUCAAAUAUGACGGAUAAACUGGUAACACCAGGGAGAUAUUUUACAGCAGCAGAAUACCAUGCUCAAAGAUUACAAGCGGUCAUAGUGUUACAGACUUACUACAGGCAAUGGCACGCCAAAGUCGUGGUAGAGGAGUUAAGAAGACAGAAGAAGCUGAGGUUGGAGUGGGAAUUACAAGAAGAGCAAAGGAAGAUAAGAGAAAAAGAGGAAUGGAUGAAAAUGGAUUAUCAGCGGAGGCAUAACCCUAAAACGGGAGACGAUUUUGAACUUCUUUAUAACGCACUGGAACUCUGGCGUCAAGAAGAACAAGCGCGCAUUAACCAGUUUCUCACCGGAGCUGAGAGGAAAGCGGCUUUGUGUGAACUUCUGGAAAAAGAGACCCAGAUAAUUGCUUCCAUUGGAAGACACAGGUACAUCGCAAACCAGGAGAACCAGGAAGCAUCAGUACAAGCGUUUUUGGAUAAGUGCUCAGCUCCGAAGGUAUGGAGAACGCCUUCUGGCAAAAUAAUUGAGAUGGAUACGCAGUUCACCAUCAGAGCCAGAGAACUGCACAACAUCUAUAAAUGCAUCACGCUGAGAAACCUCUCUCAGGAUGAGAGGCUGGAUGUACUCUUAACACUUAAACACACUGUGAAGGAACAUGAAUGUAGACUGACUCAGGAAAUUCUAGAAUUGAUUGACAGAGAGGUUGACCUUAUGAUGAGAGGAGUCAAAUCUCAUAAUCUAGAAGGACUCAGGAAAAGAAUUACAACACUCUUUCUUCAUUAUAUCAAAACACCUCUGUUUAACCCUGAAGUUGCAAGAUACCUUAAGGUACCUCAAGACCCACUGAAGUUUUAUAAGAAGAUCUACUUUUGCCACGGUUGCCAGCUCUAUCUGCCGUCUACGGAGUUUUCCAUAUCGUCCACCUCACAGCGCAUCUACCGAUGUCGUCAGUGCAAUAGCCUUGACAACCAGACUCGGAAGCGAGAGUCGUUUUUGAAGUACAAAUGUUUAUUACAACGGCUCUACUUUUCAGAAGCUGAUUAUGAGGAUGAUUCUAAAAUUGCUUACCUGAUGCAGCUGCAAGAUAUUCAGUACCUGGUGGAGAACAUCUGGGCGUCAGAGUCAGCACUCAGUGCUUGGGAUGACCUCAAUGAUCUGGUCAUGGUCAGGUGGGAGAAGUCCGUGCCAUGGUCCCCCUGGAACUGCAUUCUCCUCACCAAAAGUGAAAGCUUUGCUCAUCUCAAACUAGCGAGUGUUGAGGAGGGAUAUGAACCCUUGUUUAUUCACAAGAUCAAACACAGACAUAUCCUGGCUAAGAACUAUUUUGCUCAGAUUCCAGUGCUGGCUUCGUUCAUACUUGAGGAUGAGGAAAUGGAUGAGAUCAGGAUGAAGUAUCGCCCAAAAACAUCACCUAAGAUUAUAGAAUCCAAGGGACCCUGUCCUUAGAGGGCCCAGGGCUGCUCGUUUGGUGAUCAGCAUUUUCAUCUGCUGCUAAUAGAGUAAUACUGAGGUCACGCAACACCGAAAUAGAAUUUUAUCUUUUUAUUGACUUCAGAUUUUUUGGUAGUAGCAUAAAUUGUUUAAAGAGAAAACAUUCCUAUAUAAAUGUUUUAUUGUUAGGCAAUUAGUGCUAAAUUGCAAGACUAUUUUCUUACUGAAAGUGAUCUUUUAAAGUAAACAUUUUAUUUUUACACAUUUUACAUCAAAUUUUUAUUUAAAUUUCAAGUGCGUUAUAGUUAAAAUCCCACAGACAAAUGAACAAAAACUAGACUUUACCUUCAACCCAAGUAAUUUGGUUCAGAUAAAAUGUAGUCAUGGGAAGAUAUUCAACACAGAUGGGAGGAAACAGAAUUCUCUUUCUUGAAAAUCUUUACAAGUAGGGUGAAGACUUUAGGUUUCAAGAAAGGGACUUGAAUCUUUCCUGUUUAUCUUUCACUUUCACCUUCCACUCUUCUCAAAAUCCCCAUAAAUCAAGUGGAAGUAUGUGUAAACCAGAAAAACCGUCUGCAUUCCAAGCUGAAAAACAGGGUAAACAUUGAAACUAUCUUUUAUCCUGUGGGAGAAAAACUACCCUUGGCGCAGUGGUGACACUCUGUUGGAAGAAUCAACUUGGGACAUCUCUUUAAUGUUUCUCUUUUCCCUUCUAAAUGGUAAAUAACCUUCCUGCCUUUAUCAUCAAGUGGCAAUAGUUCUUAUACACACACACAGCAUAAUUAUAUAUAACCCAAACCCAGUGCCAUUGAGUCGAUUCUGACUCAUAGCGACCCUAUAGGACAGAGUAGAACUGCCCCACAGAGUUUACAAGGAGUGCCUGGCGAAUUUGAACUGCCGACCCUUUGGUUAGCAGCCGUAGCACUUAACCACCACGCCACCAGGGUUAAGGAGGCUGCUCAGUUCUCUCAAGUUCAAUGAUCAGGGCAUUCAAUACCAGUGUUGAUAUCUGUUCUACCCAAAUAUUUGCUAACACGUUAGCAACACGUUUUCUAAGAUGUCUACAAAUUUUUUACUUAGCAAAAGCAUGGCACAGCACAAUUGUUCUUAGGGAAUUAAACAACAUGGAGGGAAGUGCUAUAAUGCUAUUGUUAUUUUCAAGGUUUCUUAGACAAUCCAGACAUUCAUGGAAGUUCUACACAAUAUAGCACAGAUGGGAUUAGAUUGGGACCAUGCUGCUCACUGAUAAGCAGGCAGCAAUUUAACACACACAAAAGUAGGCUUUCACUGGAAUGUAAAUGACCAGAUUUUCACAAGAUACUUCAGGAGAAUCCCCUAGCUCAGAGAAGAAAGGCUGGGAAAGUUAGAGGGAGCACUGGGGAGGCAGAGAGUGAGGGGGAAAGAGCCAGUUAGGGGCAAAUAAAAGACUGGGCGGAUUCCCCCAGCUGCCGAAGACAUGAAGAAGCUGACUGUGGCAUUUGUUACAGGAAUGGAAGACUUGUGGAGUAAAACAAAAAGGUGUGGAGCAACAAGAGCAAUUGAAUCAUACAUGAAAAAGGGGUGGUACCUUAAUUUAGAGCUGAGGGAGUAACUACAAGGGCGGGGGGGGAACAGCUCAACAGCAGAAAAACUUUCCCUCAUAAAAAUCAACUCUUUCAGUUAACUCUUUUCCUAGUCUCAUAUGAAUUAUAGUUCUAAUUUUACACUGAUAUCUAAAAAUACCCGGCAGAAGGAGCUAAAGUAGGGGUCGGGCUGGAGAGCAGUUAGAUUGCCUUCUAUCAGAAUCUUCACAGUAUCUGCAUGCCUCUAGCUCUUGACCAGAUACACAACCCCCACCCCCGCCACCCUCACCACCCACACGCAUACAACUACUAGCAAAUGAAACCACAGAAAAUAUGUGUCCCCCAUUCUCCUUUUUGGGAACGAAAUUAUUUGUCAAAGUUUACAUGUCAAUACUGAAAGAAGAAAAAAGCUGAUAGAGAAAAGUCACCAGAUAAGUAAAGAUUGAAUAAUUUCUUUUUUAAAAAAGGGAUUUUCUAAGGAAUCAGAACAAAUAUUCCCCAAUGAAAAGUUUAACUGAAAAAAAAAAAAAAACCUUUUGUCUUUUUUUAGCUUCUCAAACAGGCUAUCUGCAUUCACUAUUUCUUUAACUCAUGAUUUUGGUAUCACAUCAAAAAAUCUACCACCAAAAACAAAGUCCUGAAGAUUUACCCCUAUGUAGGAGAAAACAUUUAAAAAAUUUUCUUGAUAAUUGAUACGAGAUUUGCUAGCUCCUUUCAUUUUUUUUGGAAAGAAAAAGUGAUAUUGGGAAAAAUUGCUAGCAGAGAAAAUAUGCAACUGCUGAAUUGAAAAAAAAACAUACAUUGGUGGCAAUGAAAAGCAAAUUUGGUACUUGAAAGCUAAAUCAGGGAAUAGGUAGAUUAGCUCAAUAAUUUACUAAAACUCAGAGGACAAGGGUAAAGAAAGGAAGAUGAGCAAAAUUAAUUUUAACAGCUUUACUAUACCUUUGCUACAAAUAACACGAGCCUUGAAUGGAACAGAAGAGGAGAAACAAUUUUCAAAGAUUUUAAGCUAAUUUCCCUAAGCUGACAAGGGACUUGGAUCCUCAGUUGUCUAAAGUUUCUCCCAAGUUCUGAGAAAAAUUAAUAAAAAGAGACACACCUAGACACAACCUUGUGACAUUUCUGAAUUUUGAGAAUAAUGGACAAAUUCUAUAAACAUUGUAAUUGGAGGAAAAAAGCCAAAGGAAAAGAAAAAAAUCAAUUACAACAGUGUAGAUUUUUCUUCCCCAGCACUAAAUGCCAGAAAACCAGGGAGGGAGAAAUAUGAUCACUGAAAGAUUGCAAAUUUAAAGGGGAAAAAGUAAACUAAGAAGGUGACCCCCAGGCAAACUUUUUUAUGUGUGAAGACAACAGAAAGACAUCUGUCAUCAAUCUGUGAGUACCUGUGCUGUAUCCCUACUGACCCCAAAGCCAUGGAGGUUAAGACAUGGGCACCAUAUUGUAUCCGAGAAACAACAGUGAGCAACCUCAAGACCCUCUCUACAUGAUCGCCAUUUGUGUGGUUAUGAAGCAAUGUAACAAUAAAAAAUAAUUCCUCAAAUAAAAAUGUGUAGUGUAAAAAUGAUCUGAAUCUAAAAUAUCCUGGUAAUUCCAAUAAAAUGUCUUCUGUAGGAGGAUGCGGGAGAGUAAAAAUUUGUCAAAUCUUUAUAAGGGGCUGAGGGGAGCCAAUAGUUAUGCAGGUAGAAAAGUAGAUAUUCAAGUAUAUUCAAACAGUUAAAAAAUUUAAAGGUAACCAGUAGCAAAAUAAAAAUGGAAUUAUAAGCUCCACAUUUCUAAAGAAAAAAGAACAACCAAAAAAAAAAAAAAAGAGAACUGUCACAAAAUCAAGGAUUAUUUUUUAGGUUAACAGGAAAUAAGAAGGUUGCAAAAGAAACAUAAGGUGCCGGA